AUGGGUGGUCGUUCAUCUUCCGACCUCGAGGCAUCAGUCGCCCAGCAAGUGGGCUACGCGGAACAUAGAGCCAAAAUGGAGAAGAAAACAAUGUGGCAGUCGCUGCGGGAGAACCCCAAGGUUCUGUUCAUCGCCUUCUUUGCCUCGUUUGGCGGGUUCGAGUAUGGUUACCAACAAGGAGUGCUCGGCCAGUCCUUGGUGAUGACUCGGUUUACUGAAAACUUCCCAUCGGUCGUCAAUUCCUCUGCGGCUACCGGAUGGCUCACCUCCGUCCUCCAGCUGGGUGGGAUUGUGGGAUCCCUAUCUGCCGGUGUCUUUGGGGAGAUCUUCUCGAGGAAGUACACCAUGUUCGCGGCAUGCUGCUGGGUCAUCUUGGGAAGCUAUCUCUACGUUGGCGCUUCGGCAGGUACGGCCUCUCUCCUAUAUGCUGGGCGAUUUUUUACCGGUCUGGGAGUUGGUCUUUUCAGCGGCGUGGGCCCCUUGUACAAUGCCGAACUUGCCGCUCCGGAAAUGCGAGGUCUCUUGGUAUCCUUCUAUCAAUUUGCAACCAUCUUGGGGAUCAUGAUUUCCUUCUGGGUGGGCUACGGCAGCAAUUACAUUGGCGGCACUGGUGAAACACAAUCCGAUCUGGCAUGGCGUCUGCCUUCCAUCAUUCAGGGCAUCCCCGCUUUUGCACUUGCCUGCGGUAUCUGGUUUAUGCCAUUCUCUCCCCGGUGGCUGGUCAAAGUCGGGAGAGACCAGGAGGCCCAGUCCACGCUCGCCUGGAUGAGGAAAUUGCCGGUGGACCAUGACCUUGUGCAGAUGGAAUAUCUCGAGAUCAAAGCAGAAGCAUUGUUCGAAAAGAGAGCCUUCCCCAACACGGCAGAAAAGGGAGUCUUUACGAACCAGUUGGCGCAGUAUGCAAACUGCUUCCGGACGAUGGACAAUUUCAAGCGUGUUGGCACCGCAUGGCUGGUAAUGUUCUUCCAGCAGUGGAGCGGAAUCGAUGCCAUCAUUUACUAUGCGUCCAACGUCUUUGUCAGUCUCGGGCUGACUGGCGGGACAAUCGCUCUACUGGCCACUGGUGUCACCGGAGUCGUGUUCAUGGUGAGCACUGUACCAGCUAUGCUGAUCAUUGACCGGGUUGGUCGGAAACCCAUGUUGCUCGUCGGUUCGGUGGUGAUGUUCUUGAGCAUGGUGAUUGUUGGCGUGAUUGUUGCGAAGUUCCAACACGAUUGGCCGUCUCAUGUGGCAGCCGGAUGGACUGCAGUUGCACUAAUUUGGCUCUACAUCGCUGGCUUUGGCGCCACAUGGGGACCAGUGUCAUGGACGCUAGUCUCUGAGAUCUUCCCUCUCUCGAUCCGAGCAAAAGGGGCUUCAAUCGGAGCCUCUAGCAACUGGGUGAACAACUUUGCCAUUGCAUUUUUCGUCCCGCCCAUGCUCAAGUCGUGGCAAUGGGGCACAUACAUCUUCUUUGCCGUCUUCCUUCUGGUUGGCAUCUUCUGGGUCCAAUUCUUCCUGCCUGAGACAAAGAACGUGUCCUUGGAGGAAAUGGACCGGGUGUUCAACAGUCAUACUGGUGAGCGCGACGCCGAGCUCCUUCGGGAAGCACAACACGAUGUCGGAUUGACGGCACUGGUGGCAAGGGCAGGAGGCAACGGUAUCUCGAAAGAGCCAAUUCCGGAAGAGAAGUUUGUGGAGAGGGUGUAA